AUGGGAGACUUCAAUGCUCAAGUGGGCGUUCGAAAAGCCGGAGAAGAACAUAUAAUAGGGAAAUACGGAAAGGGUAAAAGGAGCAAAAAUGGAGAAAAACUGGUAGAAUUUCUGCUUGAGAAAAAUUUAACACUUCUCAAUUCAAUGUUCCAAAAAAACCCUAAAAACAAAUGGACUUGGAUAUCUCCAGAUGGAAAUGUUAAAAAUGAAAUUGACUACAUAAUAACCAACAAAGUUAGGCUAUUUAGUGACACAGGAAUAGUACAAAACCUAAACUUCAAUACUAACCAUCGUAUGGUGCGCAGCUGUCUCAGUGAAAGUGAUAUAAAAAAUUCCAGGCCGAAAGCAAUUCAAACAAAGUACUUGCAAAUAAAUAGUAAAAACAGGGAGCCAAACGACACUACGGAAGACCUGAUGGAAGUUAUUACUUCAGGUAUAGACUUAAAUGAGAAAUACAAAUUAGUGGAAAAUAAACUCAAAGAACAAGCAAUAAUAGAAAAAAAGAAGGGUAAAGAAUUCUAUCUAAGUGAAAAAACUUUAAAACUAAUUGAAGACCGAAGGAAUCUGUUAUCAAAAAGGGAUAAGAAAGAAAAUCAAAAAGAAAUAUCCAACCUUAGCAAACAGAUUCGAGAAAAUAUGAGAAAAGACAGGAAAAAUAGAAGAACAAAAACCCUAGAGAAUCACAUAAAUAGAACGGGAGGCACUAGAAAAGCACUCAAAGAACUCAGAGAAAAGGGAAAAGAAUGGAUACCAAAGUUAAGAGACAAAGAUCAGACUAUUACUUCCCUCUUCGCUAAAGUAAUUUUAGACAGAAUAUCAAUGAGGCUCGAUGAAAAUCAACCUGUGGAACAAGCAGGGUUUAGGAAAGGUUUUAGUACAAUUGAUCAUAUACAUACAAUUAAGCAGGUUAUACAGAAAUACAAUGAAUACAACAAAACUAUUUACCUAGCUUUUAUAGAUUACUCCAAGGCUUUCGAUAGCCUCAAACAUGAAUUUGUAUGGCAAAGCUUGAUAGAGCAGGGGAUUCAAAACAUUUAUAUAGACAUCAUCAAGAAGAUCUACAGCCAAAGUAAAGCCAGUAUUAGAUUGGAAUCUAUGGGAGAGGUUUUUCCAAUCGAAAGGGGCGUCCGGCAAGGUGACCCACUGUCACCAAAGCUGUUUACAGCAGUGCUAGAACAAAUGUUCAGAAAAUUGGAAUGGGAACAUCUGGGGCUAAAUAUUAACGGAUCGAGAUUGAACCAUCUAAGAUUUGCAGACGACCUAGUUCUAUUAGAAGAGGAUCCGCUACUAUUGGAAUUCAUGGCACAAACCCUAGCAGAAAAAAGUAGAGAAGUGGGUCUAGAAAUUAACUCGAGCAAAACUAAAAUGAUGACAAAUUCAAUACCCAUAAAUAUAACCAUAAAUGGACAGAAACUCGAAUAUGUAGAGGAAUAUGUAUAUCUUGGACAGAUAAUAUCACACAACGACCAAAUGUCUAAAGAAAUAGACAAAAGAAUUGCAACCGGAUGGAAACAAUAUUGGGCCUUGAAAGAAAUUAUGAAAAGCCAGGAAUUGGGCAUUAAGAUCAAGAAGAAGAAAUUUGAUACCUGUAUCCUACCCUGCAUCACAUAUGGUUGUGAAACCUGGGCUUUGACGAAACAUCAUAGGGACAAACUAGCAAGAUGUCAGAGGGGUAUGGAAAGGAGCAUGCUAGGCUUGAAACUAAAGGACAAAGUUAGAAGUGUAGACAUCAAGCGCAAAACGAAACUAACAGACAUCCUGUCACGUAUUGAUCAAUUGAAAUGGAGAUGGGCAGGGCAUAUGCUCCGCUGCAAAAAGGAAAAAUGGAGCAAACAGGUGACAGUAUGGUACCCAAGGGAUGGAGCGAGGAGCCGAGGUCGCAAACCAAGAAGAUGGGAGGACGAACUUAAAAUUACCUGUGGACCCCUUUGGGUUAGAAUAGCAGCAGACAGAAAGCAGUGGAAAGAGUUGGAGGAGGCCUUUGCCGAAAGGCACACCGAGAUAAGAGACAUUUUGUAG